UAUGCAACGGCGUACUGGAUGAGUUCUGAAAAGACAAUACAAAUCAAGAAUGUACUGGACAAGAAUGGUGAUGCUUACGGCUUUUACAACGACUCCAUACAAACUACAGGCUGGGGCGUCUUGGAGAUCAGAGCAGGGUAUGGGUCUCAGGCCCUGAGCAAUGAGAUCAUCAUGUUUGCAGCCGGCUACUUGGAGGGUUAUCUCACUGCUUUACACAUGUAUGACCACUUCACAAACCUCUACCCCCAGCUGAUUAAGAAGUCUGUCAUCCUGGAUAAAGUGCGGUAUUUUAUGGAGAAACAAGAUAAGUGGGCUCGGGAAAAUGUGAAACGUUAUAAAACGGACCCAUUUUGGCGACAUGUUGGCUAUAUUCUGGCACAAAUAGAUGGGCUGUAUGUAGGAGCAGGGAAGAGGGCUUUGUUAGAAGACAGAAAGCCCCUGACUCUGUUCCAGAUUCAAUUCCUGAAUGCUGUUGGAGAUCUAUUGGACCUGAUUCCCUCAUUCACUCUUCCAAAAUCUGGUAGCCUGAAGCUUUUUAAGAAUAUGGAAAUGGGACAUUGCUCUGCUCUCAUAAAGGUUCUCCCUGGAUUUGAGAAUAUCUUUUUUGCUCACUCAAGCUGGUACACGUAUGCAGCCAUGCUGAGGAUUUAUAAACACUGGGACUUCAACAUCAAAGAUACAGAAACCAGCAGUAGCCGCCUGUCUUUCAGCAGUUACCCAGGGUUUCUGGAGUCUCUGGAUGACUUUUACAUCCUUAGCAGUGGUUUGAUAUUGCUGCAGACCACAAACAGUGUGUUUAAUGAAACUCUACUAAAGCAAGUGGUACCUCAGUCUCUCCUGGCCUGGCAGAGAGUUCGUAUAGCCAAUAUGAUGGCAAAGGAUGGGAGGACGUGGGCAGAGAUCUUUUCAAAAUACAACUCUGGCACCUACAAUAAUCAAUACAUGGUCCUGGACCUGAAUAAGGUAGAGCUGAAUAAGACCCUUAACAAUGGUACUUUGUAUAUUGUGGAGCAAAUUCCUACAUAUGUCGAAUAUUCUGAACAAACUCAAGUUCUACGUAAAGGAUACUGGCCUUCCUACAACAUUCCUUUCCAUGAAAAUAUCUACAACUGGAGUGGCUAUCCGCUGCUGGUAGAGAAGCUGGGUUUAGAGUUCUCUUAUGAAAUGGCUUCACGAGCUAAAAUCUUCCGCCGAGAUCAAGGGAAAGUGACUGAUUUGGAGUCUAUGAAAUAUAUCAUGCGAUACAACAAUUAUGAGAAGGAUCCUUAUAGUAAUGGUGAUCCCUGUAAUACUAUCUGCUGCCGUCAGGACCUUAACUCAUUUAACCCAGUCCCUGGAGGUUGCUAUGACACAAAGGUGGCAGAUAAGCAUCUAGCAUCACAGUACACAGCCUUUGCCAUUAAUGGCCCCACAGUACAAGAUGGCCUCCCUGUUUUUCACUGGACUCGUUUCAACAAAACUCUCCAUCAGGGAAUGCCAGAGGCCUACAAUUUUGAUUUUAUCACCAUGCAACCAAUUUUGACAGAAAAUAGAGGGAGAUGA